ACUUGGGCAACAGCUGUUCUCCACGUUUAAACCAUAAACAAGUGGUUUUUAAGAAUUAACGAAAAUGAGGGGGAAGCGAAGAACUAAAGGCUCUCAGCCAAACAGAACUUCCGUUCGAAGAAAUGAAAAGUUUUCGAAAAACAAUAAUUUUAUUCAGAGGAGCAGAGACAUGGAACAAUUGCAUAAAAGGGCAACUCAAUAUCAGAGCACAGUUUCCGGUGAGGAAUCAAAGAUGACCGUAAAUCAAUUACCAUCCGUGAAGGAUGAAAAUGAAUUCUACGAGCAACUUGUCAGUGAAUACCGAUCAGCAGCGGCGCCAACAAUAACAGAAUCGAAUAGAAGCGUUUUACUACGAAAAAAAGUAAAAGAUGUUAAAAACCAGGAAGAAAGAGAUCCUACAGACUUGAAGCCAUACAAUUCAUUUAGUGAGCGGCUUAAUUUCGAUCUCACCUCGGAUGAUAUUACCGAAAUUAUUUCAAAAAUUACGAAAGUAUCGAAAGCUAAAUGGUCUUCGAUUGGCAAAUUCCAAAUUGAAGUGCCAAUUUUAAAAUCUACGACAAGUCCACACGACAACGAUUACAACAAACAACCCCCAGAAACUGUGAAAUCCACAGAUCUGCAGAUAAUGGAUGUCAAAAUGUCAUUAGCGGCAAAUGUUGCCUACCCACUAUCUGCGCUACAGAUUGAAAUAUUGCAGAUUGCCAACAAUUACCUUGACCUUUAUUAUCCUCAGCGUACGCACGCUAAUGCCGAGGAAAUUCGAUACGUAUACUGCCUGCAUGCAGUUAAUCAUAUGCUAAAGACCAGAGCAUUAAUUUUGCGUAAUAAUGAGAAAAUUGCCGGACUCGUCAAGUAUCCAAAUCAACCGCUGUGCGAUGUCGCAAUACCUGAUAGCUUAAGGGAUCAGGGCCUUAAGCGAAUGAAGGCCCUUAUCCUAUUACCUUUUCGAGAAUCCGCGUUAAAAACUGUACAAAUUAUGGCAAGCUUGCUGUUUCCCAAGCAAAAAGGUCAAAAUGCCACCCCUCCGAUUGCAAAGUAUGAUCGUUUUCUUAAUGACUUUUCCGGCAACACUAUUUAUUUCCCAAAAACGAAUCCCAAGCCAUUUGACUAUGAACAAACAUUUAGCGGAAAUACGGAUGACAACUUUAAAUUGGGCAUACGUUUCACAAAGAAAUCAAUGUCCUUAUACACGGACAUAAGUGGAUCGGAUAUAUUGAUUGCUUCGCCACUGGCACUUCGUAUGAUGAUUAAUGACAAGGACCAAGACUACGAUUUUCUCAAUUCAAUUGAGCUACUUAUCAUUGAUCAAGCGGAGCUGUUUAUAGCUCAGAACUGGGAGAAUCUGCUAUACGUGCUGGAUCAUUUACAUUUACAGCCGCAAAAGCUGCCAGACACAAACUGUCAGCGUGUACGCCAAUAUUGUCUCAGUGGCACAUCGCGCUUCUAUCGACAAACAUUAUUUUUCUCAUCGCACGAGCUACCCGAAUUUCGCGGGCUAUUUAAUAACAAAUGCCAUAAUUACCAGGGGAAAGUGCGAAUUAUAAAUCAAAUUGCACGAGGCGAUAUUUCUAAUGUGCUGACGCCAAUCGAACAAGUCUUUCAACGCAUCGAUUGCUCAAGUGUUGAGACGGCUUUUGAUGAUCGCUUUCAACACUUCGUUGGCCAUAUUCUUCCGGAAUGCAGCAAAUCGGGUUUAUCACAUUGUCUUUUAUACGUACCCAGCUAUUUUGACUAUGUACGUUUGAGAAAUCAUUUUAAAAAUGAAAUGAUCAAUUUCGUUCAAAUAAGUGAAUAUACAAAAAAGGAGAAAAUCUCGAGAGCAAGAGACAUUUUCUUCCACAGCGGCGCACCGUUCUUGCUAUACUCGGAGAGGGCCCACUUCUUUCGACGUACUCGCAUCAAAGGCAUACGGCAUUUAAUAUUCUACCAGCCACCAAAUUUCCCCAAUUUUUACUCGGACUUAAUUAAUUUAAUGCUUGAAGUGAACCAAAAUCCACGAGAUGGCUUACAAGAUGUAAUGAGUGUCAAAGUCUUUUACUCGAAAUUCGAUACACUUAGUUUAAGUAAUAUCGUUGGCAACGAGAAUGCUAGCAAAUUGGCACUAGGCACAAAUGAUUCAUACCUCUUUUCAAAUAAGAAAUAAUCGUUGUAAAAACUUGUUUAAAUUGAAUAAAAAUAUAUUUUAUGUGAAUUGAAUUGCAUCUUGUUUUAAGC